GGCGAGCGCGCGGAGAGCCCGGUGCGCGAGCCUGGAGCGAGGUUCUUGGUGGGCAGCGCCGCCUUGUGCCGCACGCCACCCGCACCGCUCACCCCGGUCGGCGGCCAGAGCGCUCGGCUCGCGCUCGCCUUACUCCCGCAGCCAACGGUGCGCCUAGCGGCCAUGACCGCCGAAGAGAUGAAGGCGACCGAAAACGGGGCGCAAUCGGCGCCCCUGCCUCUCGAAGGAGUGGACAUCAGCCCCAAGCAGGACGAGGGCGUGCUCAAGGUCAUCAAGAGAGAGGGUACAGGCACAGAGACACCCAUGAUUGGGGACCGGGUCUUUGUCCACUACACUGGCUGGCUCUUAGAUGGCACAAAGUUUGACUCCAGUCUGGAUCGCAAGGACAAAUUCUCCUUUGACUUGGGAAAAGGGGAGGUCAUCAAAGCUUGGGAUAUUGCUGUGGCAACCAUGAAAGUGGGGGAAGUAUGCCACAUCACCUGCAAGCCAGAAUAUGCCUAUGGGUCAGCAGGCAGCCCUCCAAAGAUCCCCCCCAACUCCACACUUGUAUUUGAGGUGGAGCUAUUUGAGUUCAAAGGAGAAGAUCUUACAGAAGAUGAAGAUGGCGGGAUCAUCCGCAGAAUACGGACUCGUGGUGAAGGCUAUGCCAGGCCCAAUGAUGGUGCUAUGGUAGAAGUGGCACUGGAAGGCUACUAUAAUGACCAGCUCUUUGACCAGCGGGAGCUCUGCUUUGAAGUCGGCGAAGGGGAAAGCCUAGAUCUGCCCUGUGGGUUGGAGACAGCCAUUCAGCGCAUGGAGAAAGGAGAACAUUCCAUUGUGUACCUCAAACCUAGCUAUGCUUUUGGCGGUGUUGGGAAGGAAAAGUUCCAGAUCCCACCACAUGCUGAGCUCAGGUAUGAAGUACACCUGAAAAGUUUUGAGAAGGCCAAGGAAUCUUGGGAGAUGAACUCUGAGGAGAAGCUGGAGCAGAGCAACAUAGUGAAAGAGAGGGGCACUGUAUACUUCAAGGAAGGCAAGUACAAGCAAGCUUUACUGCAGUACAAGAAGAUUGUGUCUUGGCUGGAAUAUGAGUCUAGCUUUUCUGGUGAGGAAAUGCAAAAGGUCCGUGCACUGCGACUGGCCUCACACCUCAAUCUGGCUAUGUGUCACCUGAAACUGCAGGCCUUCUCAGCUGCCAUCGAAAGCUGUAACAAGGCCCUGGAGCUGGACAGCAACAACGAGAAGGGCCUGUUCCGCCGGGGAGAGGCACACCUGGCCGUGAAUGACUUUGACCUGGCACGAGCUGACUUCCAGAAGGUCCUGCAGCUCUAUCCCAGCAACAAAGCCGCCAAGGCCCAGCUGGCUGUGUGCCAGCAGCGGACCCGCAGGCAGCUUGCCCGAGAAAAGAAGCUCUAUGCCAACAUGUUUGAGAGGCUGGCUGAGGAGGAGCACAAGGCCAAGGCAGAGGUGGCUGGAGACCAUCCCACUGUCACUGAGAUGAAGGGUGAGCCCAACAAUGUGGCAGGGAACCAGUCCCAAGUGGAAGCAGAAGCAUAGCCUGCCUCACCACCUGCCCACCCCUGCGGCUGCCUGUCUCCCUGCUCCUUCUCUACUCCACCCUGUUAGUUUUGUAAAAACUGAAGAUUUUGAGUGAAUUAGACCUUUAUUUUUCUAUCUGUUUGGAUGUUGACUUUGGAGGGAAGGGGAGAAGAGCAGGCUGGGGGUAUAAUGGGGGGUAGUUUUAGAUGGUGUCAACCCUCUCUCCUUCCCCCAUUACACAUGAGUGUUUAUCCUUCCACACGUACACAUCAGAAUGUUAAUUUAUUUCUCCCUCUAUUAGCUACAUUUUUCAAGAGGUAGAAGGGGUAUGUGAUAGGGAUGGGGUCUGAUAUGAAACCAGGGUGGAGAUGACUCCUGGGCAGCCAUUUUCCUCGUCCCUUCCCUCUCCGGUUGUUUUCCAAGCCUGCAAUCUCCCUGCAGGUGCUAGGGGCAUGGGAAAACCACUGUGUCCAUUAGCUCUCUCACCUUGCUCUCCUGAGAUGGUAUCCCUGAUAAUCCUCUGGUAUCACAGUGAUCACCGCUAGACAGCACCUUCCAGUAUCUCUGCUUCUAUCAGUUUCCCUCAUCCAGGUUGUCCCUGUCCCCAUCCCCUCAGCCUCUUUAAUGCACGCUGAAGGUCCAGGCACACCUCAAGUCCUGUGCUUGAGCAAUAAAGUGGAAACAACGAAA